AUGGCAGCAUCCCACGCGCCAGUAGAAAGGAUGACGUCGAGAUGCACCGCAGCGACGGUGCGGGCCACGCUCGCGUUCGAGAUCGUUGGGUACAGCCUGCUCAAGGGCAUGGGCGUCAAGAAUUUCAUCGAAUCCACCACCUUCUCCGUUGGCGGGUACAAAUGGUGCAUCAGCUGCUGCCUUGACCUGCUCACGGAGAAGACCGAUGGGGAAUUCAUCGCUGCCUACCUCGAGCUCCUGAGCGAGGAACCUGACGUGAGAGCGCUCUACGACUUGAGGUUUGUCAACAAGACUAGCGGGCUGUCGUCAUCGGUGAAUGAGUCCUGCUUGAUAUCACCCAGGUUGUUUAGUUCUCUCGGCCGUAAGGACGGAUUUGUCUCAGGGGUUAUGGAGAGAAGCAAGCUCGAGGGGUCUGCGUUACUACAAGAUGACUGCCUCGUGAUUGAGUGCGACCUCACUGUAAUCAAGGAACCGCUUGUUGCUGAGACUGUGGAGGUCGUCCAGAUACCACCAUCCAACUUGUCUGAUAAUCUUGGAAAAUUGCUAGAGACAGGGGAUAAAGCAGAUGUGGAGUUCAAUGUUAAAGGGGAGGUUUUUCCUGCGCACAAGAUUGUGCUUGCAAUGCGAUCACCAGUCUUCAACGCAGAGCUCUAUGGACCGAUGAGAGACCAGACGAGCCAGAAGAUAACUGUGGAAGACAUUCAGCCUGAUGUUUUCAAGGCAUUGCUGCACUUCAUCUACACAGAUUCGUUGCCUUCCAUGGAAGAUGUUCAUGAUGCUGAUGAGAAUAAAGAAAUGGUUAAGCACUUACUAGUGGCUGCAGACCGGUAUGCAAUCGAAAGGUUGAAGAUGAUAUGUGAAUGCAUUCUUUGCAAAAGUCUUGAUGUCAAAUCUGUUGCGACCAUGUUAGCUCUAGCUGAUCAGCAUCAGUGCAGCAGGCUCAAAGAUGCUUGUGUUGAAUUUGUUGCCUCGUCAAACAGAAUGGAUGAUGUGGUGGCAACUCAAGGGUAUGCGCACCUGAAAAGAUCAUGCCCUGCUGUCUUAGUAGAUAUCUAUGAGAGAGUAACCAAGUCUCGCAAAAUCUAG